CGUCCGCCUCUACGAAGCUUUGGCUUAAGACUGGCUAACACUUUUGCAUCGAUCAAGCGGCUUUCAAAGCCGAGACCGCUGUCACCACCCACACACCAUAACACUCACACAUGCUGUGUGUUUAUAAUACAAUUUCUAUACUUAUUAUUUAUGUCUUGUUUUCUGUUGUCUUCAGAUUGACGCCCCGAUAAAGAUACCAAAUGGAUGUGGAUGUGAAGGCACCGAAGCCUGAAAUUCUCUAGUUUCCACAAUUUCUUAAGAGUCAACUCAAACUCAAUUUGAUUAAUAAAUUUCACAUUCCUAAUUGGCCUCAAAUAAGCGCUAAAACAUUGAAGAUACAAAUUCAUUCAGCGAUUAAAUAUUUUAUAUAUUUUCAACAUUUACCCUUAUGCCAAUAAAACUAGUAAUAUUUAUUAUGCCCCUAUGGUUAAAGCCACAAUGGAAAAUUUCUGGCUUAAACAGCGCGUAAAGCAGCACAGUUUUAGCUGUACUGGGGCAGCCCACUUAAAAAACCAGGCUAUCCCACGUGAUCCGAGCAAAUCUUAAAUGUUGUGAACGCAUUGCCUUUGUUUUUAUCACAUUUAUGGCUGUUUUCAAUUUAAAUUUCUUAAGCUUUAUUUCGAGCAACCACCUUUCAAAAUCGCAUUAAAUUCGCAGUAAGUGUUCCCAUUCACGGAACAUGGCUCCAAAUAAUAAUCAAGAAAUAAUAAUCAAGUUAUUUGAAUGGCAACUGAUAAGAAAACAAAGCCAACAUUUAUUCCCCCUUUGUGCGCAAUAAAAUGUUUUGAAAUGAGCCAAUCUCAUUAUAUUCUCAUCGAUUAGCUGACCAAAUCAUGUUCUGUGGCGUCCCAGUUUUUCCCGUUUGCAUUGCACUUAAUGUGAUGAUUCUUUGUCAUGCGGAGACGCUGAAUUUGUUUGGCAACUUGGAGGCUAUUUAUGAACAGGCUGAAAAUGCACUCUCCACUUUACGAGAGGCGCUUCUGGAAUUUGAAGCAAAUGGAACUCUGAGCACAUCCCCUGAUGAGAUUUAUGCCACUUCCUGCCUCACUUCUGGAGGUCUCGAGAAUGGCUUGCACACCCUGAAAGUCCCAGGAUUGAGUCCUUUUCAGGUGUACUGUGAAAAUCAGCUAGCUGGACCCGGAUGGAUCGUAAUUCAAAAGAGGUUUAGUGGAAACCUAAGCUUCUUUCGCAAUUGGAAGGAGUACAAGAACGGAUUCGGGAAUCUAACGGACGAGUACUUCCUGGGCCUCGAAAAGAUUCGUGCCUUGACUGCCCUGGAGCCGCAUGAGUUGUAUAUACACCUGGAGGAUUUUGAUGAUACCAUUAAGCAUGCGAGAUUCGAUGAGUUUGCCAUUGGUAACGAGGAUGACGACUAUGCAAUGUAUACACUGGGAAAAUAUUCAGGCACUGCUGGAGAUUCCCUUCGCUCGCACCGGAAAAUGAAGUUUUCCACAUAUGACAGGGAUAACGAUCGUGAGUUUAACAAGAACUGUGCCUUUUACUAUCUGGGAGGAUGGUGGUACAACGCCUGUCUGGACAGCAACCUUAAUGGUCAGUAUAUGCCGGGUGGAAAGUACGAGGAGAGCUUGUUCGCCAGAGGAAUGUGCUGGCGAUCUUGGCGUGGCCACAACUACGGUUACAGGGUAACCCAAAUGAUGAUACGACCCAAGUGCCGAAAGAUACCAGUGAUUCACCAGUGAAUUUUGACAAGGCGGUUUCACGAAUAUUAUUGUUAUUAUUAUUUGCUGUUCACUCCCUGUUGGUUAAAUGGCUUUGAGAACGUGAAAACAAUUUGUUAUGAACUUGAUUAAUAUGCAAAGGUUGUUCCAUUGAA